AUGGAGAUCAGGCAACAGAUGCGCGAACGCCUGCGUAAUCCGGUCAAGUUUGAGCGGGCUAAGAGCUGGUACACGAACGGCAAUGGUCCUAUAGGUAUCGACGCCAAGACACCUGCAUUACCCGACGAAGAGGUUGAGAAGGUGUUGGAUGAGGUGGGAGAGAUCAAGAAUUUCCUUUUCUGUCGGUUGCUGCUCUCUCAAGCCACCUUGGUGCCGGCUGCUCUAGAAACAGACAGCAUUAAGGAUUUCCUCCACCGCCCAGAGGUGAUCCGAGAGCAUCUCAGAGACCUGUGCUUGAAACUUGAACAGCCUGGUCUCCAAGAUGUGCGUGACGCUUGUACCGAUUUCACCCGUGAGAGGGAUGGCGUGGCAGAAGAGGAGCUAAAUACUAUGGACGACGUGGACGAUUUCGGCGACGACAAGUAUGUAACGAAAGAACACAGGCUCUUACGGAAGCAUCGAGGUGAUGUUCCAGACAAAUAA